AUGACCAACUCAUCAGCCCCGGAGAAAGAGAGCUCGGGCAACGCGUCGCAGUCGCAGCUGAUCAACGCUAGUCCGUUCAAGCGCUGCGUCACAUUGCUCGCCAUCAAGCUGCUGAGGCGCUUUCGCAAACGCAAGGGCGCCGUACUUUUUCUUUCUGAGAAAGUAUGCGUCAAGUACGGGGCCUGUGCUAAUCUCAGCGAGGCUUCGGCCAUGAAGUUCAUUGCGAAACAUACUUCAAUUCCAGUCCCUCGCGUAUACUGCACUUUUACGCAUCGAGGCGAAGCAUAUAUUGUGAUGGAGAGAAUCCACGGGAAACCCGUCGGAUCUGCAUGGUUCAAGCGUUCAGAAGAAAGUAGAGCAAAACUUCUAGACCAGCUGAAGAAGAUGGUUGAGGAAAUGCGCCGCAUAUCGCCUCCAGACAACAUCGGCGUCGCUAAUGUAGAUAGUGGUCCCCUAUGUGACCCUCGGUUGCCGGGAACAUCAGAUUUUUUCGGGCCAUUCAAAACGGUACAGGACUUUCAUAGGCACCUGCGAGGAGGUGUUGAGGCACAUCCAGAUCACCAAGCCGAUAUCAGUGAGCUCAUUUCUUCGCAAGAAAGCAUCCCAUCGGAUCUGGUAUUCACUCAUGGGGAUUUGAGCAGCUUGAACAUUCUCGCUUCUGGGGACGAGAUUGCUGGUAUAAUAGAUUGGGAAACUGCUGGGUGGUACCCUUACUACUGGGAGUACACAAGUGCCUGGAAUGUAAACCCGCAAAACGAAUUCUGGCGAGGCGAGGUGGACAAAUUCAUACAGCCUCUGCCCAAAGAACUAGCGAUGGAAAAGCUCCGAUGGAAGUACUUUGGAGCCUUUUGA